UUUUUGGGUUGUUUGACGAAGGAGAAAAAGGGCAGGUUCGCAAAUUGCAUUUGACUUUGGUGCAUGAAGAUUCUCCAGUGAGCUUGGCAAUGUCACACUGUAAUCAACAGCAAAAAGCAGGUAUGGCAUCCAAAAAAAAGCUGCUACUCAUAGAUGUGGACUGUGGCACAGAUGAUGCUCAGGCUAUCAUGAUGGCAAUUGCUGCCCCCAACGUUCAUAUUUUAGGGAUCACAUGUGUGGAAGGCAACACCCCAUUGGACAACGUCUGCAAAAAUGUGCUUCGUGUCCUCCAGCUGUGCAACCGUCUUGAUAUCCCUGUUUUUUGUGGAGCAGACAAACCAAUCCUUGGAGAAGCCAUUAAUGCGUCUGAUUUUCAUGGCACAGAUGGUCUUGGGGACGUCCCUGAUCCAACUGCUCCAGGACUGGAACUGAUUCAGAAAGAACAUGCUGUUUCUGCCCUUAAUAGAAUUGUAUCAAAACAUCCCGAACAGAUUUCAUUGGUUGCUACAGGGCCCCUAACCAACUUAGCUCUGGCUGUAAGGAUGGAUUCAACCUUCCCUAAGAAACUUAAAACCUUGUAUAUCAUGGGGGGAAACAUGGAAUCCAGAGGAAAUACUACAGCUUGUGGGGAGUUUAACUUCCUUGCAGACCCUGAAGCCGCCCAUGUUGUUUUGAAUGAGUUCACAUGUAAAACUUACAUUGCCACCUGGGAACAUUCAUGUCGAUCCAAACUCCCAUGGGAAUGGUAUGAUCAGUGGGUUAAGAGGGGAACAAAGAAAUCAGACUUUAUAAAGAAGAUCUAUGCCCACAGCAUGCAGUACUCUAGAAAUAAUGAAAAGGAGAAUAAGGCUUUGGUGGCUGGACCUGGAUUUGUUUCCUGCGACGCUUAUGCUAUGGCGGCCGCCAUCGAUGAGUCCACAGUUACCAGUGUCAUUGAUUGUGCAGUAACAGUGGAAAUGUGUGGAAAGUUUACUCGUGGGAUGAUGGUGCUGGAUUUGAUUGACAGCUUAAAGAAAAAAAACAAGGCCCUCAUCAUGAAUGGUUGUGAUUUGGAGAAGUUCAAGACUCUGAUGGAGGCAUUAAUCAAAUAAAAUGCCAUGCUAUGUAAUGUAUGAACAAAGCAAUGCACAAUAUAUGAAGUGUGAUACAGCUGACUUCUUCCAAAUACAUAAAGGUGAUUGCUUUACACAUAAUACUGGAGCACAGGAAUAAAAAAAGC